UAGAGCGGUUCAAACAUCAGAUUUCAGACCGAAUCAUCGACCAAGGUGACGACAAACAUCACUCGACCUGCUGAUCCUUGACCUUCUCUUUCCCCUGUAAGCCUUCAUUGGCCACGAGUCAACUCAUCCCAGCUCAGUGGACUCACCGGACGCAAAUGCUACUGCUCCUCGAGCUCGAAGCUCCACUCGCUCCGCAAAGAUGAUCGGCGCACGAUCGUCGGUCAAAACGACGCCGACCCGGUUCAUGCUAUUGGCCUUCCAACUCGUUUUGAUUCUCUGUUUCGGAGCAGAGGCCAGGUGCAGACACGGCUGCGUGCUCGCCGUCGCGUCGUACUACGCGUGGGAGGCGUCGAACUUCACUUACAUCAGCAACCUCUUCAACCGGCCAGUCCCUGAGGUCCGGCGCUACAACCCCAGCGUCUCCGGCGGAGAGGCCGUCCCCGUCGGGACACGGGUCAACGUGCCCUUCGCCUGCGACUGCCUGAACGGGGACUUCCUCGGCCACACGUUCACGUACGUUACCCAGUCGGACGACACGUACCAUAAGGUCGCGACGCUCAAGUACUCCAAUUUGACGACAGUGGAGUGGAUGGUCCGGGUCAACAGGUAUGACCCCACCCAGAUACCCGACGGGGCCGUGAUAAACGUGACGGUGAAUUGCACGUGCGGGGAACGUCGCGUGUCCAGGAGUUAUGGGGCUUUCGUGACGUACCCGCUCCGGCCGGGGGACAACUUGUCGGGGUUGGCGGCGGAGUCAGGCCUGCCUGCCCGGUUGCUGGAGCUGUACAACCCGGGUUCAGACUUUAGUGGAGGGACGGGGCUGGUGUUUGUGCCGGCUAAAGAUCCAAGUGGGAACUAUCCUCCAUUGAAGUUAAGACAAGGAAUCUCGAGCAAAGCCAUUGCUGGCAUGUCAAUUGCAGGGGUAGCUGUGUUUGCAUUGGCCGCUUUUUGUUUCUUCACUGGUUUUUAUCGAAAGAAGAAGGUGGUGGAAGCAUUGACUCUUUUCAAAGCAUCUGAUGAGAGCUACUUCGAGCGCGGACAAGGUUCAGAAGGAAAAACUUUGGAAUCGGAGCUUGUUGCUGGUGCUUCUUGUAAGCUCUCAGGUAUCACGGACCGAUCUGUAGAGUUCUCAUAUGAGGAACUAGCCCGGGCCACAAAUGGCUUUAGUGCGGCUAAUGUGAUAGGGAGAGGUGGCUUCGGAUCUGUCUACUAUGCUGAACUGAGAGGCGAGAAAACUGCUAUCAAGAAGAUGGAUAUGCACGCAUCGAAUGAAUUCCUCGCGGAAUUGAAGGUUCUGACCCAUGUUCAGCACUUGAACUUGGUACGCUUAAUAGGUUACUGUAUUGAAGGUUCCUUGUCCUUGGUCUACGAGUUCCUUGAAAAUGGGAGCUUAUGUCAACAUUUGCAUGGCUCAGAGAAGAAGCCAUUACCGUGGCCAGCUAGAAUGAACAUUGCCUUGGAUUCUGCAAGAGGACUCGAGUAUAUCCAUGAGAAUACUGUCCCGGUCUACAUACAUAGGGACAUCAAAUCAGCGAACAUUCUGAUAGACAGAGACUUUCGGGGGAAGGUUGCAGAUUUCGGUUUAUCGAGACUGACCGAGUACGGAAGCGCUUCUUUACACAGUCGUCUGGUGGGUACCUUCGGAUAUAUGCCACCAGAGUACGCUCAAUAUGGCGAUGUCUCCCCAAAGGUAGAUGUAUAUGCUUUCGGCGUCGUGCUCUAUGAACUCAUAUCUGCCAAACAAGCUGUGAUAAAGUCGGAUGGAUCUGCGAGUGAAGCAAAAGGACUUGUUGCUUUGUUUGAGGAUGUUCUAAAUCAGCCUAAUCCAAAAGAUAGCCUCAGCAAACUCAUCGAUCCCAGGCUGGAUGACGAUUACCCGCUGGACUCAGUUUAUAAGAUGGCCACACUUGCUAAGGCAUGCACCCAAGCAAAUCCACAACUUCGACCGACCAUGAGGUCGGUAGUGGUGGCGCUGAGGACACUUUUUUCUACGGAAGAUGAUUGGGACAUUGGUUCCUUCUGUGAAACCCAUUCCUCUGCCAGUCUUAUGUCAGGAAGGUAGUACCUAGAGAGGCAUCCGAAAAAAGAAGAAGCAUGCUUCAUGAACACAAGCCCCAACUUGGCGUGCUGUUGGAAUGAACUGUCCUCUGUGAACAUCAUAUCGAGCAGCAUAGGCCAAGUACCUUUUUCCUGCCAUUGUCUUCAUCUCCAGAUCGAAUGUAGCUGAAAGAGGAAGUUCGAGAUGCAACUGUAGAGAAACAUAUGCUAUAUAUUACUAAGUUCAGGAUCACAGACUAUAUUAAGGAGGAUGACAUUGGCUUGGCCUGAAGAGACUCAAGGUCAAUAGUGUUUCCCUUCUGUCAAUAUGUGUUUAUGCAGAAGAAAGGUAGCAGAAUAUAUGCUUGCUUUGCUCUAUUCAUCUUGGCAUUUUGCAGUUUUAUUUGUAAGCCUCUCACCUUUUAAUUGUUAGUCAUAAUGGUUUACUUUGAGAUC